AUGCCAGCACCUCCAGAGCCACUACAGGAUGAGCAACCACCACAGGCACAGCAGGCUGAGAUGCCUAUAGAGAUCGUACCACUUGCCCUUGUAGCACCUUCUAUAGUGCCCAUGCCUGAGGCUACAUCCUCUACUCCUCCUACCACUUCUGAAGCCCCACCAAUUGUACCAGCUACAUCAGCACCUCCUCCAUCUGAGUCAUCUAUCAGCAUAUCCAGUUUAGAGUUUAGAGGCCCAUGUCAUACAUUACAAACAUUGAGCACCACUCAAGGUGUUCUCUUCCACCCAUCAAAGCUUAUAGCUCCAUCUGAGGAGGCUACUCUAGCAGAGCAAACUAUGCCUCAUGAAGAGACUACUACAGUAGAGGACGAGACUCCUAUCCAGAGCACUCAAGAGACCACAGUAGAGCCAUCGUCUUCACAUGAUCCUUCCACCACUACCUGA